AUGAAUGUAUAAAAUUCAAGUUCCAUAGAUAUUAAUUCAUCAGAAGACAGGAAAGAUGAUAUUAAUGAAGUGAUUGUAAUGAUGAACAAUUAAUUUCUUAAAGUAAGAAGACCUAAUGAAGAAAAUAUUUUAGAUUAUCUAAAUUAUGAUCAGCAAAAUAAUAAAGAGAAAUUAACAUCUAAAGAUAAUACUUUAAAUUUAGAAUCACCUUAAUAAGCAUUGCUUUAAUAAAAGAAUGAAAAUUAGUCAUAUUUUUAAUUUCCAAAUUCUCCUUAAAAGACAUAUAAUUCAAUACUACUGAAAUUAGUGAAUGAGGAAGAGAAUGCGAAUAUAAAUUUAAAUGAAUUUUAAUUAAGAUAUUAGAUGAUUUUAAAUGAUUUAUGUUUUAAUUACUCACCUUUGGAUUAAUAACUGAUAUAUAAAAAGCUAAGAAAUAUAUUCUAACAAUUUUCAAGCUUCUAUGAUAUUGUUUAUUUUGUAAUAGGAUUCUUAUUUAUUUUUGAAUGUACAAUCACUAUUACUUUUGAGAGCAAGUAAAUUUUUAAUAUUUCAUUUUAUGUCAUUUAAUAUUUUAUAAUGGUUUUGGAAUCAAUAUUAUAAUUUAAAGAGCAAACCUAAUUGAAUAAUAUAUAUGAAUCAGUAUUUCAUGUAUUAAUAUUUUUAUUAAUCAUUGUAAAUAAUUUGAUAGAGUUCUAAUACUUGUGCAUAGGAUUAUUUUUUCAUUUGUAUUUUUCAAUAAAAAAAUACAAAAUAGUAAAAUAGAAAUAUUUAUUAUACAUUAAAAAUAUCUCCAUUUUAGAGAUUGUAAUUAUUUAUAUCCUUUUUAUCCAUGUUUCUGCUUUAUUAUUUUUUAUAGUAUCAAAUAAUGAAGCAGAUCCAUGGAUUGAAGAUCUUAAUGAGUAUAAAGAUUGGAGUAUUAGUUAUUUUUAUUCCUUAUUUUGGUCAAUUACUACAAUAACAACAGUAGGAUAGAACUUAAUUUAAUUGAAAAAUGAAUCUUUAGUUUUAAUUACUAUUUUAAUUUAGAUUUGCAAUAUAGUUUUUAUAAUUUUUGUUGUAGUAAACAAAUAGCAAAUGUUUUUGAAAUUAGGAUAGUUUUCAGAAAAUAUAGAUGUAAUAAAUAAUUAUUUAAAUGAAAAGAAAAUAAGUUAAAAAUUACAAUAAGAAAUAAAGACAAUUUUAUAUAAUAAAUGGUAGGAGAAGUAUUUAAGUAAUCAUGAAUAAGAAUAAUAGAUUUUACAAUUAUUACCAUAAUAUUUAAAUGAGGAUCUUAAAAUAGAAAUGUUUUCAAAAAUACUAUAAUAAAUUCCAUUCUUCUCCUAAAUCUCAUAUGAAUGUUAUAGAGAAAUAAUUUUACAAUUUAAAGAGUACACAUUUUCACAUAAUGAAAUUCUUGAUUAAACUGGAUUGUACUAUUGUUCUAAAGGUAGUUUUGAAUUAUUUUUACCUAACAGUGUUAGGAUUUCAAGUAAAAAAUAAAACAAUCUUUUUUAUGGAUUAAAUUCUUUAUUCUAUGAUAAGUAGGAUGUUUGUUAAGCUGUGUCAAUAAAUAAAACUUAAUUCAUUUAUUUAAGUAGAUACUCUUUUUUGAAAGUGAUGAGAAAAUAUCCAGUUGAUUAUGUAAAAGUGAAAUGUUAUUAUGUAGUAAAUGUAUAGAAUGUAAAUGGAGAUGAAUUAAUUGGAUAUUGGAAAUCAAUGUUAUAUAUGUUAAGAUUUGAGGCAUGGUUUAGAUGAAUGUCCUAAAAUACAUUUAUUUAUAAAUAAAUUAAAUGUAUUAUCUAAUCAUUUGACAUCAGAAGAUAUGGGUAGAAUGAAAUUUAAAAGAAAGAGAGAUAGAAGUACAAAUGCAGUAUUUUCUUAGAGGUUAUUUGAAGAUGCUGCAUCCAUGUUUUAAGAAAUUUUAAUUUAAGAUGAAACAAUUAAAGAAUUCUCAAUUGUACCAUAAUAAAUUUAAAAUAAUAAUCCUAGAAAAAAAUCAAAAUCAUUGAAUUCUGAUGAAAAUUCUAAAGCCUUACAAAAAUCAAACUCUGGCCAUAGUUUAAGUGCAAUUCAAAAACCUUAAGGAUCAGGUUUGUCAUUUAGUACAUUUUCAAUGUUUAAAGAUGUCUAAGGAUAAAGGAAGAUUUCAAAAUAAUAGGAUAGUGAUAAGAUUUCAAGUAAUUCUUAAAAUAAAUAACAUCAAUCAAGUUCGAAUAGUUUUAAAGAUUUACCAAUAACAAUGAAUAUGGAAGAUAAGAUUGUUGAUGAUUCAAUUUUUGCAGCAUAACCUCGAAUAAAGAAAUAAUAGAUUGGAAAACAAGGGACAACAUCAAUUAAGAUAACUCCUCCUAAUGCUCCCUUAUAGGCUAUUCCUUCAGUAAGUGAUAUCAACACACUAAAUGAAGACAGUUUUGUUAAUUAAUAUUCUAUGAGUAGCAAAAGAUAUUCUUCUCCUUAAAAGAAGGCUUCUUCAAAGGCUACAGUAGAAACAUAAAAAUAAUUUGAAUAAAUGGAGAUAUAGAAGAUGGAAUUCGAGUGCCCAAUUAAUUUGAUGCACUAUUUUCCAUAACACAAUAUUCAAGAAGUGAUUGAAAAAUUUAAAAGUAUACAGAAUAGAGAAUUUUAAUGA